AUGGCGAGGCGGCCAAGAAAGGGCGCCGGAGGCAAGAAAGAGCUCAAUGCCCCUGGCCUGGUAGAAGCAGGGCACCUUCUGCAGUGCAGCGGCUGCAAGGAUCGCCUCCCGUAUGACAUGUUCCACAAGAAGCAGCAGAAGGCGAGCUUGACAGAACGCUCUUGCAAGAAGUGCCUGGAACAGGCCGAGCAGAGGCUGCGGAUGGCCAAAUGCACGCGCUGCGAGCAGGAGUUGGACAGAGAGAGCUUCAACAAGAGGGUCGAUUGGGACGCACCAGUGUGCAAGGUCUGCCUGGAGGAACAAGACCGCCUCGCCUACGAGGCCGCGACGGAGCAGUGGAACAAGCAGAUGGAGCAGAAGUGGCUCGAGCAGGAGAGCAUGGACGAGGAGGCGCUCCAGGGGCAGUUCAACGAGCUGCUGCGGCGGGGCGCUUCCAUACCCCCCUCGCACGCAGAGGCGUCACUCCCAGCGGCGGCUCAGCGGCUGUGGGAGCUCGCGGCUUGCUGGGCCGAGCGCAUCGCAGAGAGGGUGGAGCGCGAGAUGAAGCCGGGCAGCAAGUUGCACCACUUCAAGCAUCCAGCUGCCUCUGGCAUAUUCUGCCACCGCGCCACGAGCGUUCCAGCACGCCACGUCCGUGCAGACACGGCGGCGGACUGGUGCGUGGAAACGCCCUCGCGGGACCACGCCUCAGACAAAGUUGCCGCGGACAAGUUCAAGGCUCUGGAAGACGAGGGGGACCGACUCGUCUACGCCUUCACAGACCGGAUCGUCCAGAGACACAUUGCCCACGAAGAACGCAGGACGAUCGCCGUGAGGGACUUGCUGGAGCAGACCCACGAGAGCAGAAGCGGGCGCUCCUGUGUCAUGGGGCGCCGGGUGGUGGUGUCACUCCGGCCUGUCCAGCCCGGGCGCUGGCCAGAAGGGCACGGGCUCCGCGAGGACCCGGCGGAGAGCGGGCUGCCAGGCGACUCGGGCAGCAGGUUCAUGCAGCUGGACGGCGAGACGCGCUCCGUUUUGGGCCAGCUGCUCUCUGCGAAGAGCCAGGUGGAGUUGAAGCUGGUCGAUAAGGAGUUCUGGUACGGGCUGGAGGAGCACAACUACGGCAGCGAGGGCGCCAGCGACAGAGGCUCGCACAACCAGAUCCUCAGCAGCUACGCCCGCGUCUGCGGCGGCGCUGGCCAGGGCGCCAACCGCACCGAGACCAUGAACCUCGUGGCGGAUCUCUUGGGCUUCAACGACGAGUUCAGGGCCGACACGCAGUGGGCAAAGAAGAAGGAGGCGAAUGUGGCAGAGGCGCUCGUUGGUGCCUUGGAGGCGGCGGAGCUUAGUGAGUUGGCGCUGGCCGCUGUGACAUUGUGUUUCGUGUGCUCCGUUGUGUGGCCACAGGGGGUGCUUCCAUCUAAUUGGUACAUGGCCGAGAAGGUGCUCAUCCAGCUGCCUCCGGCAAAUCCGCCGCUGUGCUACGGGCCAGGAAAAGGGGAGGCGACCACCACGACGAUCACCACGUCCAAGCCAUACGAUUGCGCAGAGGGUUUCUCGCAGUGGACGACGCAGUGGCCGGACGACAAGAGGAAGUGGUGUUGCGUCUACGAGAACAAGGCUUGCGAGGAUGUUUCAGCGGCUUCUGAGAUUGAGGAGGGCUGGUCGGCCGAGAAGAGGGAGUGGUGCUGCCUCAGGCACGAGAAGGGCUGCAACACAGCGAAGAGUCUAGCGCCCUUGUACGACUGCACAGAGGCCCGCGUCACAAAAGCGAACGAGACGCAGGAGCAGUGGCCAGAUAUCCAGAAGGCGUGGUGCUGCAAGGCGUUCCGUGUGGCAUGCCCGAAGAUACUCCAGGCCGUCACCAGGGAGAGGACGGUGCUGGCCGUGGUUUUGGGCGCGCUGGCGGUGGUCAUCGCGGCCCUGGCGCCGCCGCCCCUGCUGGUCACCCGCGUCGAGAGCAGGACAUGGUCUCCACGGUCGCUGAUCAGCCUGAUCUCCAUGCACCAGUCGCUGCUCCCGCUCAUGACCGACCACCCGCUGCUUCACCGCGCCCUGAAGCUGAACCCGACCCUUGGCAAGUUCCUGGUGGCACUGCUGGACGGCUGCCUGCAGCAGGCCUCUGCGGCGCUGGCGGAGACGUCUCGGGUGCAGCUCGCCUCCUGCCAGGCUCAGCUGGUGGGGAUGUUCCAGGUGCAGCAGGAGCACGUCGCCAAGACGCUCGCGGUGCAUGCCCGCGACGUCGCCAAGGUCGGCGAGCGCGCGGACGCCCUCGCGGAGGAGCAGCGCCGCAUGCGAGCCCAGAUCAGCGACAUCGAGAAGACGCUCGCCAUGGCCGAGAAAGAGAUCCCGAUCAUCGACUUCCAGUUGGUUGGCCCUGCCCAACUUCGCGCUGGAAUUGCCGACUGGCUCACGGCUGCUGGCCUCGACAACAACAUGGUCCGCCUCGACGUCAACGUCCCCAGCAAGCGCUUCAACGUGGUCGUGGAGGGCGGCCUGGACGUCGCCAUACCGCGUGCCCAAGCGUUGGCUCGACACCUUCGCAACCCCGCGACUCCCAAUGGUUGGCGUACAUUCCAGUGCCAAGCGGUGGGUGGUGGGAUCGUCCCGCUCUACGUUUCUCCUGAUAAAUUGCCUCAACAAGUUCGUAUGGAAAUUCAGACGCGGCGGCUCGCCAACAUCCUUGGCGACGCGGUCCCCGGCCACGCCUUCAGUGCCCAGCGCGCUCGUGGCAUCAUCACCUCCCAGGGCGCCAGGCUGGCAAAGCUCGAGAUUGGUGAGCGACGUGAGGUGGACACCACCAUUCGUUGGAACAUGGGCAUGGCUUCCCGACUGGCCAUCGACAGGGAUGCGAUCGCCGAGCAGUUCAAUCAGGCCUUCUCGCUCGAGGACCGCACGGAGUGGGGCCUGCUGCACUCGAACCCUCGGAUGCGACGGCGCAAGGUCGCGUUCCUGAGCUCCCACAUGCGCGCGGGCGCCGUGAUCCUGAUCCAAGAAGUCCACGGCUCCGAAGACGCGCUGAAGGUCUUCUGCCAGCGGCAGCCGCAGCGCGACCUCUUUUCCCUGACAGCAGGCCCCCCCCCCCGGCGCGGGUGGCGUUGCCUCCCUGGUCCCGCAGUUGGCGGCGCAGCCCCCUCGUGCGCGGCUCGCGCCCUCUCCUUCGACAUCGUGGUGCCUGGACGGGUCGCGCUCCUCAGUGUCUCCGACCCCCUGGCGCAGCGCAGCAGGAAGAUCCUGAAUGCGCACAACUUCGACCUCUCGGCUGACGACUUCGCGGCGGCGGAGCAGUCCUGGAGAGAUGGCCUCGCCUGGGCCGCGGGCAAUCACCUGAGGCCCAUCUUCAUCGGCGCGGGCGACUUCAACAUCGCGGGCCGACCAACGGUCUCCCAACGUUAUCCUGCUGCUGGUGGGGCCUGGCGUUUGCGCCCCGAUCAACGGUGCCAACUCCGUCAACCUGCUUGGCGGCGUCUCUCCGGCGCGGCGCUGGAGGUCGAGGCGCAGUGGCCCACCCGCUACGACAAGGCCAGCCAGCAGCUCUCGGUGAUUGACCGCAUCUUCCUGGGGAUCGACGCGCAUGCGAUGAUCUCUGUGUCUGCGCGCCUCACGACUGCCUGCGGCGCGAUGGAGAUGUCGGAGCGCGGCCUCAGUGACCAUGCACCUCUCGUGCUGCAGAUCGAGAUGGCCAGGCACGUUCCGCGCGAGGAGCAGGCGAUCCCCUCGCACCUCUUCUUCCACCCGAAGUACCGUGAGAUGUUCUCGUUGAUGGUGGCGAAUUGUGACCUGGAAAUGGCGACUGUCGAGGGCCGUUGGCGCGCCACCAAAACCUGCAUGAAGCUCGCAUCUCGACGGGUGCGAGAUGGGCAGCUCCGCGCCACUUCCUCCCUGAAGGUCAAGGACGGCAACGCCGAGACCACGCGCAUGGGCUUCAAGACGGCGGCGCGGGCCCUCUGGCGUCAAGACGCUCCCCUGGCGGCCCGCCUGCUGGCAUCGUGUCCUGCCCUGGCCUCCCACCUGCUCAUCGACCGCGGUGCAGAGGGCGUGGCGGACUCCAGGGCCUUCGGCGACACCUUCGACGCGGUCGCCGCGAUGGUGCAUGCCUUGCGCAGGCAGGCGGCGGAGGCUGCCGCGCGGCGCGCCAGCGACCGCGGCGGCCCCGCCUGGCGUCGGGCGGAGCGCAGGGCUGCGCCUCGACUCCGCGCCCUGCGCCUCCGACGAUUCCGAGAAUGUUCCGCCGGCAUUGCGGGCAUGGCGGGCGCGGUGGCCGAGCAUUGGGGCAAGAUCUUCGAGCGCGCGCCGACCGCGGAGCAGAAGCAGCGGCUCUCCGAGUUUCUCGACCGCUACGCCCCGCAGCGCCUUGUGGUGGAGCUACCCCAGCCGUCGCUGCACGCGCUGGAGCGCGCCGCCGCGCGGGCGCCGCCCAGCGCCCCUGGGCCUGACCAGCUGCCCCGCGCUGCCUUGCGGCGCAGCCCCGACGCCCUGCGUCACCCCCAUGCGUUGAUGGAACGGCUCUUCAACGAGGGCGUCGGGCCCCACGACCUCAACUGGUCGAUCUUCCACUGCGCGCCGAAGGGGGCCGAGGUCGAGGGCGCCCUGCGCCCGCGCCGCAUCGACGGUCCGCCAAUGUUGUUGUCCUACAACUUCCGCCAUGCCUUCCCGUCGCUCUUCCACGACCCGCGGUUCGGCGCCCCCCUCGGCCUCCGCAGCGUGGCCUCGGCGCUGUGCUGCAACUGCCUCGCCUUCAGCUCUUUCCGCGCCUCGGGCGCCAGUGCGGCGUUGGAGCCGCUGUUCGCCUUGAGGUGUGGCAUCGCGCAGGGCUGCCCUCUUUCUGGCACGGUCUGGUGCUUGGGCAUGGGGCGCCGCACGGCGUGCGCUGAUGACUUGGGCAUGCUCAUCCGCAACGCCAGGGUCCUCCCGCCCAUAGCCUCGUCUUUCGCUGACAUCGAGUUCGCCUUCAACCUGCAGCUGGCGAUCCACGAGUGCGCGCUGGUGCCGCUCUGGGUUGAGGUCACUCUCAACCUGAUCUGCGAGACCAAGGAGUACCUGGCCGAGCUGGUCCCGCGUUGGAGCGGCUUCCGCAUCGACUCCUCCGACAAGUACUUGGGCACGGGCAUCGGCCCUGGCGUAUCGGAACCAGGCAUCUGGAAGGAUGCGGCGGCGAAGUGUUGGCCCCGCGCCUCGGAGUUGAGUCGCGCUGGCAUGGCGACCAGCCUCGCUGCCAUCGCCUACAACGUGAAAGUGCUCCCCUGCCUCUCCUGCCUGGCCCAGCUCUUCUUCCUCAUCCCCGAGAUCUGGCGGGUCGAGUUCACGCUGCUCCACCGCCUCCUGCGGUUCCCGCCCUCGUCCAUGCGCAAGGCGGACAUUCUCUCCAUGGGCGCGUGGUGCGGCUCCCUUGCGCCGCUGGGCUUGCUCCCGUACUCGGUCGGCGCGCUCCUCCGUGCCGCGGCCAACGCGGUGCGCGACUGGGUGCCCACGUUGCACGCCCUGCACGAUACGGCUGUGGAGCACCUCCCGAUGGCGCGCGUCCUUCUGGGAUCGUGGUGUCCGAGCUGGUGGGCAACCGGGCGCUCCAUCGUUCAGAACUGCGGCCUCGUGAUGGACCUGUUCUCCGCCCUGCCGCAUCCGCGCCCUGUGUUCGACAAGGUGCCCGUCCCAGUGCCGUCGCCCCUCAUCGAUGCUGCCUGUCGCGCCAUGCGCGCCGAGGAGAUGGCGACCGCCCAAGCUGACCCGCCCAGGAAGGUCAAGCGCCAGGCCGUGGCGAUGCGCACUCUCCGCGACGGCUUCUACGCGGACCGCGUCGACCAGCUGAUCGGCCGCCGCCUGCGGCGGCGGGGCCUGGAGGUUCCAGCCGAGAAGCUCCGCGUGCGCUGGCUGGAGCUCCGCGCCGAGCUGCGCGUGGCUCACCCCGCCCGGCUUUGGUCUUGGCUGCGCACCGUCGUCAACGGCUGGAUCACGUCGGGCAGGAUGCGCGUCAUUGCCCCUCGCCCCUGCCUCAUGGGCUGCGACGCGCGGGGCGACCUCUCCCGCUACAUGGUCUGCCCGGUGCUCCGCGGCGCCGUCGCGGCCCCCGCUGAGCCGAGUGAGAUGGGUAGCGGCACCGUGUUCCUUGGGCUCGGCCACCAGCUCGAGCACCGCAUGCGCCCGCACAUGGCCUGCGUCCGCGCCGUCGCGCUGGCCACGCAGCUUUUCCAUAUUCUGAUGUGGCGGGCUGGUUGCAGCCUGCCCAUCCAUGCCGCCGCUGUUGCCGCCUACGCGUGCAGCAUUGCAUCGUUUACAGGUGUGGCCCUGAUUGUCAGCGACCUGUGCCGCCACUGCGCUGCGGGCACGGCGGCGCAGGCGCUGUUCGCCCUGGCGCACGUGCCACUGGUGGGGGCGCUCGGGCUCAUGGCGCUGCCGGAGGCCGAGGUGAGAGAUUACUAUCCCUUCGGCAGCAUACUGGCAGAGCUCGUGAAGGCCGCGCAGCACGCGCUGGCCAGCAGGAUCCCGUGCUUGGCGAGCCCGGCGUCGAGCGCGGUGCUGGCCAUCUACGUCCGCGUCCGCCGCGCGCGGCCCAACUCUACGCCUGACCGCACCCUGUUCGCGGCCCUGCCGCAGGGCCACGAGUGGCCUCGCGAGCGGCUGCGCCGUGCAGCCCCGCGCACGCCCGAAGAGUGGCCCCGCGGCGGGGCCACGGAGCGACGCUGCUGGAAGGCCACGGGUGCCCGCAUCGCGGCCACGCUGCGGACCCCAUGUGAUCUCGUGAGCGGCCCCGGUGUAGGGCUGGCAGGCUUCCAGGCCAAAGUUGAGGCCGUGUCGAGACCUCAGCAGUUCAAAGUAACCUUUGGGACGUGCUGA